CGUCCCUAUUGUUGUUCUCACCGAGGCCACGUAGCUCUGUGGGGCGAUUGUAAACGUGGGAGGAAGAGUGUUGUGUUUGUGAAUGUUACCAGGGGGGUAAAAAGGGCUCGCGGGGAGAUGCGCAUGGAGGGAAUAACCGCGUCCAGUUUCAUUAUAGGCCGAUGGGAUUUGAAUUUUUGAGUACGUCCAUUCAUUUACAGUGAGGGCGUCCCGUUUGGAAAAGGAAAGGCGGAAGAAAGGCAACGAGCAUUUGGGAUAAUUUGGCAUCAGGACGCGACCAGUGGGGCCUGGGAGUCUCCCAUUGUCCUGCUGUACUACAACACCCUCCUUUUCUCAUUUAGUAGGUCGCACAACUCUUUUAUAUUCGCUGCUUCCUCACAGUCACAGCUACCUCAGCUCUCCCCUGCUGAGACUCUCCUACCCACCGUCCUCUCCCACCCCUUUUCUCCUCCUCUCUGCAGCCUCCCCCGCUCUCCCGCUUCCCUUCUCCUGCUCCCUUCUCAUCGACCUCCAAGAUAGAUUCCCUCAGGAGCAAGGUUGACCUGCUCAAGCUGCCCCUCGCUCUCACCGCCAAGUCAAUUUCCGAGCGCAAGAGCCAGCUGGGAGGAGUCGCAGAGCAGCGGGGCACGGGCGGAGGAAGAGGGGGCGGGGCUCGCACAGCCCGCUCACCGCCGACCCGGGACAUGGACAACGAGUCCCAGUACUCGGGCUACUCAUACAAGUCCUCCCACUCCAGAAGCUCCCGCAAGCACAGGGAUCGGAGGGAUCGGCACCGCUCCAAGAGCCGAGACAGCAGCAGUCGUGGAGACAAAUCGGUCACCAUCCAGACUCCUGGAGAGCCGCUGCUGGACGCAGAGUCGACCCGCGGAGAUGAACGGGAUGAUAACUGGGGUGAGACCACCACGGUCGUCACCGGCACCUCGGAACACAGCAUCUCUAACGAGGACCUGACCCGCGUCACCAAAGAUCUGGAGGAGUCGACUCCGCUGGAGUGCAAGCGCUUCAUCGGCCCGGCUGUGGGAGGCUGCCUGAGCUUCUUCGCCCUGGUCACACCUUUAGCCUUCCUCAUCCUGCCGCAGGUCCUGUGGCGCGACGCACUCGAGCCCUGCGGCACGCCCUGCGAAGGCCUCUACGUCUCUCUGGCCUUCAAGCUCCUAGUCCUGCUCAUCUCCUCCUGGGCGCUGUUCCUGCGGCCUCCCCGCGCCACACUCCCACGCUUCUUUGUCUUCCGCUGCCUGCUGAUGGUGCUGGUGUUCCUGUUCGUGGCGUCGUACUGGUUGUUCUACGGCGUGCGGGUGCUGGAGCCCCGGGAGAGGGACUACAGGGGGAUUGUGGAGUACGCUGCCUCGCUGGUGGACGCGCUGCUCUUCAUACAGUACCUGGCUCUGGUGCUGCUGGAGGUCCGACACCUGCAGCCGGCCUUUUGCCUCAAGGUGGUCCGGAGCACGGACGGGGCCAGCAAGUUCUACAACGUGGGCCACCUCAGUAUCCAGCGGGCGGCUGUCUGGGUGUUGGACCGUUAUUACAGCGACUUCUCCGUCUUCAACCCUGCCCUGCUCAACCUGCCCAAGUCCAUCCUGUCUAAGAAAAUGACCGGCUUCAAGGUUUACUCCCUGGACGAAAGCACCACCAAUAACUCAUCGGGCCAGUCCCGGGCCAUGAUAGCAGCUGCUGCCCGCAGGAGAGACAACUCCCACAACGAGUUCUACUACGAGGAGGCCGAGAUGGACCGCAGGGUCCGCAAACGCAAGGCCAGGUUGGUCGUGGCGGUGGAAGAGGCCUUCACACACAUCAAGCGUCUCCACGAAGACGAAGUCGCAUCGUCCCCCAAACAUCCUCGGGAGGUGAUGGAUCCUCGGGAGGCGGCUCAAGCCAUCUUCGCCCCAAUGGCCCGAGCUAUGCAGAAGUACCUGCGGACCACCCGGCAGCAGGCCUUCCACAGCAUGGAGAGCAUCCUCACACACCUGCAGUUCUGCAUCACACACAACAUGACGCCCAAGGCUUUCCUGGAGCGUUACCUCUCCCCGGGCCCCACCGUGCAGUACCAGCAGCAGAACGGCAGGGGGCGCCAGUGGACUCUAGUGAGCGAGGAGCCGGUGACCUCAGCCCUGCGCCAGGGUCUGGUCUUCUCGCUGCGACGCCUGGACUUCUCCCUGGUGGUCACGGUGACGCCGCUCCCCUUCCUGCGGCUCGGGGAGGAGUUCAUCGACCCAAAGAGCCACAAGUUCGUCAUGAGGCUGCAGUCGGAGACCUCGGUGUGAACGCACGUCUUCUCUCCGUGGGUCACUGAUGUGGCGGGACAUGUGGAGGCCAUGUGGUCCACUCUCAUCCAAUCACUUCCUGUAUGUGACAAAGAAAACCAUUGAAGUGGAGGAGAGUCUGAAUCCCUGCUCCUGUUUUUAUGAUCACAACAGAUGCUGUGAUAUCAAACUGAGAUCAGCUCAACGAUUGUUGGAACUGAACAGAUGCCUCGACUUCUUCCUCUCCUGUGUUGUAAAGUCUCUGCUGGAGACGCUGUUCAUACACUCUUUCUCUGAAGGGGAACUUCUUCUUCUUCUUCUUCUUCUUCUUCUUCUUCUUCUUCUUCUUCUUCUUCUUCUUCUUCUUCUUCUUCUUCUUCUUCUUCUGUUGCUGUAACCACUGGACUACUUUAACUGUGCUGACUCAACACAUGACCGCACAUGAAGAAGAGGAUGAUCACAUCACUUCCUCUUUCUCGCGUCUCAAAAACAAACUUACAGGAGGUCCGCUGCGACACUGGUGUACCGUCGGUUCCCUGUCAGUGUAUCGUUUUGUUUCAAAUGUUUUUAUAUUCAAGGGUGUGACUUUUUAUUUUAUUUUAUUUUACAGAAUGUAGCAUCAUGUGCUUUAAAUCUACACGGCCUGAAAGCCAAAAUGUCUUUUAUAUCUGACUCUAAAGAAAACUGGACGUACGUUCCUCAGCUACUCCAGACUCUGUGUAUUCAUGAUCGUCUACGUAUGCAGCUUUUCUUUUAUUCUACACUGGCGUAUCUACUAUUCAUUUUACAGUUUUAGCAAGAAGACUGAACAAAGAGCCCAUUUGUGCCCGUUAGACCUGCAUCUCUUCUCUGGAUGACGAUGUGAAAGCAGAAGCCUGCUGUUCUUCAUUCUGUGUAAUAAUAAAACAAUAUACUUUAAUAUAUAGAAGGCAACAUCAUGACCUAAAAGAAGUGGGAACACGUCACUAAAAGAUUCAUUUACUGGACACUGUGUUACGCUGCUGACUAAUGAGCGCUAGUGAGUAUUUACAGCACCAGGAAGUGAGGUUAACUGCACUGCCCAUGUUCUAGUAGUGAAGAAACACGUCUCUCCUUAAUGGUCUCGAUACACAAACACUUGUUCAGAGGAUUGAUUAAUUCUCUGAUUCAUUGUCCAGAUGCAGGUCACAUGUUCAUGGGUGUAACUGGGGGGUCAUGGUCUCGUUCCAGACUUGUAAAUCAUGUACAAUGAAGUCCUGAACAGGCAGCUGCAGUUAAACUACCAGCUGACUUCUAGGUUGUUUUUUAUUAUUAUUAUGCAUUUCAACAAAGAUCCCAAACCAGACGUGUGAUUGUAUCUCCGUAGCGUAUCACCGCCUCGCCUUGUGCCACGAGCUGAAACCAAGCACAGUGAGCAUGCUGCCUCCAUCCGACAGCCUUACUCUGCAGACGCGGAGGACUCUUCCCAAACUUACUGUAACGCCGUAACUCGCCUGAUGUUGAGACGUGAGCCGAUCUGUUGCAUCUACCUACAGCACGACGGACUGUUCGCUUUUCUUUCCCCGUGAAAAUAUGGUUUAAAAAGCCCUUUUUUAAAAUUAAUAUAUAUAUAUAUAUAUAUAUAUAUAUCCGAGGUCCAAUGUGUGUGACAUUUCACCAGAGUGAUCAAAAUGCAUGCUUGCGUUAUUUUGGGCUCCAAAACAUUUUAUAAUAACUUCUUUUCUAUCAUUUCAAAGGUGCCUAAGUUAUGACCCAAUGUUUUUACUUUUGAAAAACAAGUGGUUUGUAAAAAAUGUGUAGAUUCGUCCUGUAUUUUCUUUCUUCUUUGGUAACUGUAGCUUGUAUAGUGUGAUAGGCCUGUUUUCCACUAUUAAACCAUUUAUUCCUUAAAGUUUUUGGAUAUUUUUUAAAGGUUUGACAAGUGACAUCCGUCUUAGAAGAGGAACAACGUGCAUUGCUACAUGUAUGUUGAUGAAAAAGUGACCAUCUUUACUUGGAUGUUUGGGGUUUAGUUCCACACUUCCUGUUUAAAUGACUUUUCUCAUGAAUCACCUCGUCACUGGAUAUGAGAAAUCUUCAUAGAAGUUUAGUUUGAGUGUUUUCUUCACAACAGUUUUAGAGGAACUUCUGUGAAGAGAGGAUGGCAGUGUGGUAGGCGUGUGGUUUCACAGCUUCAAUAAAAAAAAAUACGGACAGAGAGCCCCGGACUUCCUGUUCACUGCUGCUCACAGAUCUCACUUCAGAGAGUUUGUUGAAGAGCGAUCUCACUCACAGAAGACGAGACGGCAACACAACAGAUCCUUCAUUUCCAUCCGCAGCC